AGCGACGAUAAUCAAACAGACGAUGAGACGUCUUCGCUAUACAGUAACGGGGGACAGCCCGUGCAGGCGACAAAGGAAUGGGACGUAUUCACGAACAACCCACCCGUCAUUAUCAGCGGGUCUAUGGCGGACCAGACGUGCAUCCAGACGUCCCUCAAGAUCAUCAAACUCCUCGCUUACAUCCUUACGUUCACACUCGUCCUUGGAGGCACUGUGGUCUCCAAAGGAACAGUGCUCUUUAUGACGUCACAACUCCGCAGUGAAAGGACUAUUCCGUAUUGCAACGCGUCCAUCGACAGACAGAAGCAGUUCGUGGUGACGCUGCCAGAGGAAGAACGCGUAGGGUGGGUGUGGUGUUUGUUUUUUGCCUACGCGUUUCCUGAAGUGAUGGCGUUUCUGCGUUCAUUUCGGAUCUGCUUCUUCAAGAAUGCGCCUAAACCGACGGUAUUGGAAUUCUCUGCAGUGGCUUUGGCUGAAACCCUGAGAGCUGUCGGCACUGGACUCAUGAUAUUUUUGGUUUUACCUAACAUCGACGUGGUGAAAGGAGCCAUGCUUACCAACUGCCUCUGCUUCGUACCUGCACUUCUCGGCUUGAUUCCUCGGCGGGAAGACACGAAUGGCGAAAACAGAGCUGCAGAGAACAUUUCUUUCUACGUAAUGGUGUUGGUCAAUUCUCUGGCUUUGGCAGCGCAAGUAACCGGGUUCGUGGUGUGGCCUCUGUUGGAAGGGGGGGAUAAACCCCAACUCUGGUUGCUUCCUAUAGCUAUAAUAUUAAUAUCCUGUGGAUGGUGGGAAAACUACUACAUCCCUGCCAAGAAUUCAGAAAUGGUAAAGUUCCUCAAGAGACUGAAAGACACACGGCACUACACAUUCUUGUUCAUAUCGAUAUGGAAGAUGAUCUGCGUGUUACUCACAUUGCUGGUAGUCACUUACAUCGAGCACGGCUCCGUUCAAAACCUAUUCGAUUUGUUCGAACCAAGUUUCUCAGCACGCAACAUACCCAUCAAAGAAGUUUCGGCAUUCAACGACACCAGUAUCCCCGACGAUAUAGACGCUAAAGAGGUGGACGUGUACCGGUUUGAGGAUGCAGCGUAUUCCACAGCUCUGUGGAUACUUCUCAUACACACGUUGGCCUCAUACAUCUGCUACAUAUCGGGGAAAUUCGCAUGCCGGAUACUGAUACAGAGUAUGGGUUACGCGUUGCCAGUCAACAUUACGGUUCCUGUGGUCAUCUCCUUGCUGAUCACUGUCUGCGGCCUGAGGAACGGUGACCCCUGCUACUUCAGAGGUACUAUCCCAGACUACUUGUUCUUCGAGUCCCCGCCCUACUACCUCCUGGAGGACUACCUCUCCACACAGCACGCUUGGAUAUGGCUACUGUGGCUCCUGUCCCAGACGUGGAUCACACUUCACAUCUGGUCACCGAAAGUGGACCGCCUCAUGUCCACAGAUAUACUGUUUACGAUGCCUAUGUAUGAGUCGCUGUUUCUGGACCAAUCCCUGGCGCUCAACAGACGACAUGAUGAAGGAAACGAAGUAUUGACACAGGAACUGGAAAUCGUUGGCCACGAAGAAGAAUUUGCAAUGGAGCACAAGCUUCAUCAGGACAUGAUGGACCCAAAGGCAGAUAUAGUGCGGCAAUCUGAUCACAUCAGGAGGGUCUACGCAUGCGCAACCAUGUGGCACGAGACGCCGGACGAGAUGAUGCAGAUGCUAAAGUCCAUCCUCAGGAUGGACGUGGACCAGUCGGCUCGUCGACUCGCUCAAACGUAUAUGGACAUUGUGGACCCCGACUACUAUGAAUUUGAAACCCACAUUUUCUUCGAUGACGCAUUUGAAAUAAGUGAAGAGAAUGAUGACGAAGUAGUUGUGAACAGAUUCGUCAAGGAUCUCAUGGUGACGAUAGACCAGGCAGCCAGCGAGGUUCAUAGUACCGAGUAUCAGCUGAAGCCUCCGAAGAAGUUCCCCACUCCGUAUGGAGGGCGGCUGGUAUGGACACUGCCUGGCAAGACCAAGAUGAUCGCGCAUCUCAAGGACAAGGAAAAGAUCAGACACAAGAAACGAUGGAGUCAGGUGAUGUACAUGUAUUACCUCCUGGGACACCGCCUCAUGGAGCUGCCCAUCCCCGUGAAACGCAAAGAAGUGAUAGCGAAAAACACGUUCAUCCUCGCUCUAGACGGAGACAUCGACUUUAAACCAGAGGCAGUGCAUCUGCUGAUAGACCUCAUGAAGAAGGACGACAAACUAGGAGCGGCUUGUGGACGAAUCCAUCCCGUCGGGAAUGGUCCUAUGGUGUGGUAUCAGAUGUUCGAGUACGCUGUUGGCCAUUGGCUGCAGAAAGCUACAGAGCACGUGAUUGGCUGUGUACUGUGUAGCCCGGGUUGCUUCUCCUUGUUCCGUGGGGUGGCUCUUAUGGACGAUGCUGUCAUGAAGAAGUACACUUCUUUAUCAAGCGAAGCUAUACACUACGUACAGUAUGAUCAGGGUGAGGACCGAUGGCUGUGCACGCUGUUACUACAGCGAGGGUACCGGGUUGAGUACUCGGCUGCCAGCGACGCCUACACGCACUGCCCGGAGAGUUUCGACGAGUUCUACAACCAGAGGCGACGGUGGGUCCCUUCCACCAUGGCCAAUAUUAUGGACCUGCUAAUGGACUACAAACGAACCGUUGCAAUCAACGACAACAUAUCGUUUUUCUAUAUUUUAUAUCAGGUCUUGAUGAUGGGGGGUUCCAUUCUGGGACCAGGCAACAUCUUCCUGAUGUUGGUCGGAGCCUUCGUGGCAGCAUUCAAAAUCGAUAAUUGGACCAGUUUCAUGCUCAACAUUGUGCCCAUCCUCAUUUAUAUGUUCGUCUGCUUCUUCUGCAAAUCCAACAUACAGCUGUUGGCUGCGAAGAUCAUCAGCGCCAUCUACGGUCUGGUGAUGAUGGCUGUGUUAGUGGGCAUAAUGCUGCAGAUUGACGAGGACGGUCCCUUAGCCCCUUCCUCUUUGUUCUUCUUCGUUGUCGCGGGAGAAAUGAUCAUAGCAGCCUUCCUCCACCCUCAAGAGUUCAUCUGCCUGCCUGCUGGAGUUGUAUAUUACGUCACAGUACCUUCCAUGUACUUGUUGCUCAUAGUGUACUCCAUCUUCAACCUCAAUGUUGUCAGUUGGGGUACGAGAGAAACUGUCACUAAGAAGUCGAAAAUGGAAAUGGAACGAGAAAAGAAAGCCGCAGAAGAGGAGAAGAAGAAGGCAAAGAAGAAGUCGUUUUGGGGCUUCCUGAGACCAGACCAGAGUAAUAAGGAUGACGAAGAGGGUUCCUUUGAAUUCUCAAUGGCCGGACUUUUCAAAUGCAUGUGCUGUACUCAUCCAAAAGGCGCAGAAGAGAAAGUACAGCUCUUGCGCAUUGCAGACUCGUUGGAGAAAGUUAACAGGCGAUUGGACAACAUCGAGAGGUCCGUUGAUCCUGUUUCACAAAGCCAGCCUCGACGGCGCACAACUCUCAGUCUCAACAAGCGAGAUUUAGACCCCCUGGCGGAGGACGAGGACGAGGAAAACGACACCGAGGACACCGACAGCUUCACGGAUAACGAGGACAUGGACCGAAAAGGAGAACGCGACGAACAGGUGACCCCGUACUGGAUUGACCAUCACCCGGAAAUGAGGAAAGGUGUUGUCGACUUCCUGCCCACAAAAGAAGAUCAAUUCUGGAAGGAUCUUAUUGACAAGUACCUCUACGUUCUUGACAAAAACGCAGAGAAGGAGAAGCUGGUCGCGAAGAACCUCAAAGACCUGAGGGACAUGUCGGUGUUCGCAUUCUUCAUGAUGAACGCCCUGUUUGUUCUUGUCAUCUUCCUUCUGCAGCUUAGUAAGGAUCAGAUACACUUCAGCUGGCCUUUCGGUGUCAAGGCGAACAUCACGUACGACAGUAAGACGUAUGAAAUAACAAUCACCAAGCAAUACCUGGAGCUUGAGCCCAUCGGUGUGUUGUUCAUCGCUUUCUUCGGUGUCAUCCUCAUAAUACAGUUUCUGGCGAUGCUGAUCCACCGUUUCGGCACAUUGUCACACAUGCUCUCCACAACACAAAUCAACUGGUUCCGUGGUAGUCCUCACUCUGACGACAAGGAUGCAAAGGCCAGAGAGGUGGUGCAAGUCGUGAAGGGCCUACAGCAGCUGCGCGGAGCGGAUGGCAAAAUUGAAGACACGGACCCGAUGCAGGAGAACGUUGGACGGCGCAAGACGAUCCAGAACCUUCACAACAAACACCUGCUCAAGAAGAAGCAGUCCGUGCGAACGCUUGACACAGCCCUCAAACGACGGCUGUCCAUGAUGCCAGAUAACUCAGGAGCCUACCCAUUGGCAAUGAGGAAGCUGACAGUUCGACGUGACACCUUGCAGCACGUUCUGUCUGUCGGAAGAAAGUCAGUCAUC